CGUUUGCUUUUAUUAUUAUACCUAUACGUGGCGUUUUCAUUUACUUUUCCAUUUUUCCAAUUUCGAGAUUCAACGCAACAACGAUAACACAUCCAUUCUAUGCGCUCCUCGUCCACACAAACGGAAUGUCACGUCACACAUUCAGUCACCGUCGCUAUCCUAUCCCUUCCCAGUUCCCAUAGACAUCCCCUCCACCGCAACGUCAACGCUCAUUUUCUCCUUCUCGCUCUCGCUCUCUCGUGGACGUGUUUAUUAUAAACGCCGCACUAUCGCUACAAUCGCACCUUCGAUCUGUUACAAUUUUCUCGAUGAGAACUUUUUCCACGUGCCAUAAAAGGAAGAUUUACGUAUCUUCGUUCAGGUUCCUCUCCCCUUGCCUGCCUGUACGUCAACUUCUCUGGCGCAGUCUUCGUUUCUGUCAUCGCCUCUGUUUCAACUGUCAUAGUCGUAGUCUCGCUACGCUACGCCAUUCAACCCUCGGACGUUUUCCUUGUUUGAUUUUAGACAGUAAAUAAGAUUCGUUUGUUCGCUGCAUGGGAGGCAUUAAUUCGCGGACUAUGGACAUCGAACAUGAUCCAGGGCUUGCCGCUGUCUUGCAAUAUUUGAUACGCAGGAAUCGAGAGUAUAACUCUUUUCGUUCCAUCGUUGCAGCGGCCAACUGCACAUCAUAUCCUCGGAUCACGAUGACUCGGACGAAGAAUAUGCCGCGAAUUCACAGCCGCCGAGAAUCACAUCUUUGCCGAACACGUCCAGGCUAGAUAAAAGUGAAAUAAGUCUCGCCACCAAACUAGCGUCUGGAUUUAUUAACGACAUUGAUAAAUCUAACCUCUCCGUGACGUCGAUGAUUCAAAGAAGAGCUUUAGGUCUUGGUUUCAGUACGGGAGAAAGAUGCAGAAUAAGUAGUAAUUUUCUGCCCAAUACCCUGCAACCGGUAGCUAGAUAUAACGCCAAAGCAUUUUGUGGUUCUUACUCCAAAGAUGGAAGAUUUUUCUUGACUGCUAGUCAAGAUAAAUUUCUGCGUCUUUAUCAGACGCAUAACGGAGAUUUUGUAAGAUUUAAAACGAUUCCUGCACGAGACGUUGGCUGGAGUAUUUUAGAUACAGCGUUUAGCCCCGAUGGCAAUUAUAUCGUUUAUUCGAGUUGGUCGGAAUAUUUACAUCUGUGUACAGUUUACGGGGAAUCGGAGGUACAAGAAUCGUUGCCGCUGUGUCCCGAGGAUCGAAGGUUUUGCGUAUUUUCUCUUGUAUUUUCUAGCGAUGGGCGAGAAAUUUUGGGUGGGGCGAACGACGGUUACCUGUACGUCUACGACAGAGAAUGUCAACAGCGUGCCUUUAGGAUCGAAGGUCACGACAACGACGUAAAUACAGUUGCUUUUGCUGAUAAUACCUCCCAAAUUUUAUAUAGUGCUGGUGACGAUGGCCUCUGUAAGGUCUGGGACAGAAGAACGUUAAAUGAAAGCGAUCCACAUCCGGUUGGAGUAUUGGCUGGUCACAUGGAUGGUAUAACGUAUAUCGAUCCACGUGGCGACGGUCGAUAUCUCAUCACCAACAGUAAAGACCAAACUAUCAAACUAUGGGAUGUUCGUGCAUUCUCUGAUCAUAACGGUGAAUUGAAUACACGCAAGGCUGUUGCGAAUCAAAACUGGGAUUACCGAUGGCAACGUGUACCGAAACGACUCUACAAAGCGAGAACUAUGUUGGAAGGUGACACCAGCGUUAUGACCUAUCGUGGUCACUCGGUGCUUCAGUCUCUGAUACGAUGUCACUUUUCUCCUUCCUCCAUUACCGGUCAAAGAUAUAUAUACACGGGAUGUGCUGCCGGACGAGUAAUAAUAUACGACGUAUUAACGGGUAGGAUAGUCAGUACUUUGACGGGACACAAAGCAUGCGUACGCGACGUUAGUUGGCAUCCGUUUCAUCAAGAGAUCGUCUCUACGUCUUGGGAUGGUGCGAUUGUACGCUGGCGAUACGCUGGGAAAACUAGCCUCGACGACUCCAAUUCGGAAGAGGAAAGCGACGCGGAAUCACCUCCGCCUACUUUAAGAAGAAGCGAACGAAUAGCUGCUCAAAGAGCGAAACAUGCGGCCGCGUGUUGAGUCGCGUAACGACCUCUCUACCGGAUAAAACUGGAUGUUCUCGGGAUUUCAGUCUUUUCGUUCCUACGAGGAGGGAGUUAAUGCUCGACACUUGUUGACAGGAUAUUUUUCUAAUCGAUGACACUUUUAUUCAUCGACGUUCGAGAGACUAACUUUCUUCUACAAGACUGAGCUAUUGUCAAACGUACACGCCUCUAAGGAAUCAACGUUGUGAUAUUCUGGCCACCUCGACGAUGCGUCAUCGGAGAAUGUCUUUAAGAUGACAGUAAAUUACACGAUACAUAGCACUCGGAGUGAACGACACAUUCUCGUAAAACCAGAGACCAACACACUUUUAACCCGUUAUCGAACGAUACUUGAUUCUUCUCCCUUUGAAUCGCUUUUAUUUUUUCAAUAGGAUCCUAGCGAAAAAUCCUCUCGAUCCUUUUAUGAGAAAAAUUACAUACGAGUAACAAGAAUUCUCUAUUAUUAUUUUGUUUAAUCUUAAGGGGUAUCUUUCUCCGAUCAACGGGAAUACAUAUCAUUUUAAUUGUUUGCAGCCGGUUCUAGUUUUUUUUAGUUGUACAACAAAAUUUUUAUUACCAAAAAUGUAGCGUCAGCGUGCACAGUGUGUUAAUUUUGAUGACAGCGGACAGGAGCGCGAUAGGUUAAGAAGAGAAAAAGAGUGUUUUCGACGGUUCGACGGUUUUUCAAGUUGAUUAAAAGUAAAAAGGAUCAUACGAUAAAUUAUCAAGUAUGUAUGUGGUCUGUAAAGUACGUUUAAACAUUGCAUACAAACUCCCAAAUAUGUACAUACACACAGAUAACUUACGAUAUGUAUGUGUGCGUGUGUGUAUAAUAUAUGUACAUGUAUACACACACAUAUAUAUAUAUAUACAUACGAAUAAAUUGUUAGAUAAUAAUAAGGCAAUUUUGAUGUUUCAUAGUUUGUUUCGAGAAACAGAUUCGCGUAAUCCUAGUAUAUUUGGUACCUCUUACAGAUGGAACGUUAAGGUUAAAAUAGCAGGUGAAAUGAUUGAAACAUUUCCAAUGUUUUAUAUUUGAUGGUUUGUUAGUUUGGCAAACUGUUGUUUGGUCUUUGUGUAACACGUGAGAACGAAAUCGGUAAAGGUUCUUAUCAAGGAAUCCGUAAAAGAGACACGAGCUCCCGUUUCUAUCCGUUUACAGUCGCCAUAUAUACGCGUUGGGAAGCCAAAAGAAUGGCUGAUGAUGCGUUGUGGAGCUUAUACGGGGUUUCAUCGUAUCCGUGUCUCGACACGUAAUUAUAUUUGGCUAUAUAUAUAUAUAUAUAUAUUUUUUUUUUUUGUCACCUGCCUUCGCCUUGUUUGGGGUAUUUCGUUGGCUCCGUUACGUUCCUUGUCAAGGUACAAAUAGAAAAUUGAUGUGGUAAAAAGAAAUGACAGAAAACAGUGUUUCAGAAAUUGUUAGAAAGGACAAAGUAUGAGUAGCAGGUAUCGUCGAUGGACUGACAAUCCGAGCAGCUGCAGCUAAGUUUCCUUUAACGGAACGCAACAAAAACAGAUGUAAGAUUACGCGAUCGUAAUUGCGUGCCUACAUCUGGAAUAACUAACAGACAAGAGAAGAUCGUUGAUUAUCGAUAGCGAUAGUGUUUGCGAUUCGUAAAGGAGACGGUAGAUAACAUAUAGAUACGUAUAAUAUGUGUACGUACGUGCAAAUACACGCGACGCGUGACACAAUUUUAAUGUAAAUAUUGAACGUUUAAAUCUCGACUUGAUUAAUCGUAAAAGAUGUAUGUAUAUUCAUAUGCAGAGGUAGGAAAAGAUGAUGGGUCCGUUUUGAAAAAGGAACAGACGAAGCUGUAUCGUUAUCGCAUUAUAAUUGCGUUAAUGCGAUAACGCGGUCAGCAUUGAUAUUUAAAUUUAUUUGUUUCCGCUUUCCCGUCCCGAUAAAGAUAAAAUUUAGUCUACAAGACGACAAAACGUAUAAUAUUAUUGACUGCACGAUGUACGUUUUCCUUUAGAGUUUCGAUAGUUUACCUACGAAAGAUCGUGGUAUACCGUACUGUUUUUAUUUAUUCAUAGAUCGUGGGAUUUCACGAGGCAGUUAAUAUCGUAUCGUAUCGUAAUAUUUGACCGAUGUUACGUCGCGUUAAAUUAAAAUUCCGACGAAAUUCAAAUUUGGCGUCUUGGAGAAUAUCGUUAUUUUUGUAAUAGUUUCACAUGUCGUAUUUUUAUACAUAUAUCGUAAUUAAUAGGAUAUCACGAAUCGAUUAAGUGGAAAAGAAAAAGAAAACGAUGCGUUGUAUGAUAUACGUAGGAGAGACCUAGUGAAAAGAUCGAGCCUACGAAUUAGGCGACAGAUGUUUCGAUAAAAACGGGAGAA